AUGGCUCCAACAAACACGCCCAAGAAGCCCUUCCACGUUGCCGUUUGUGGCCUAUGCAUGACAAUCGGACUUUUACACCAAAACAUCCCGUGCACUCUCUAUGAAAGCGCUCCCGCAUUUGCAGAGAUCGGGGCCGGUGUAGCUUUUGGACCCAAUGCUACUGCAGCCAUGUCCUUGAUCGAUCCAGACAUCAAGACUGGCUACGACAGACAGGAGACGGUGAACGCUUUCCCAGAGAAGCUCCACUCGUGGUUCGAUUUCAGGAUUGGGAUGAGGGAGGAUGCCUGGAAGGAGAUGAAAGCCCCAGCCCCGGAAGGGCAGAAGAUAGCUCAGGUGUGGACCGGAGGCUCGGGCCAAUCUUCUGUUCACCGAGCUCACUUCCUGGACGAGUUAAUCAAGCUGGUACCGGAUGGAGUGGCCAAGUUUGGCAAGAGAGUGGAGAACGUGGAGAAGGUUGACGGCAAGAUGCGUCUAACAUUCCACGACGGCUCAACGGCGGAGGCAGAUGCAGUCAUCGGCUGUGAUGGGGUAAAAUCACGGACGAGGCAAAUAUUGCUGGGAGAGAAUCACCCGGCCGCUCAUCCCGUUUUUACAGGAAAAUAUGCAUACCGAGGUCUAAUUCCAAUGGAGAAGGCAGUGAAAGUAAUCGGGGACGAAUUAGCACGAAAUAGCCAGAUGUAUAUGGGGCAUCAUGGUCACCUGCUAACAUUUCCAAUCGAGAAAGGGCAAACUAUGAAUGUUGUCGCAUUUCAGACGAAGAAGGACGGAAAGUGGGAAAACGAGAAGUGGGUGCUACCCAUGAAGAAGGAAGAUAUGUUCCGUGAUUUUGACGGAUGGGGCGACAGCGUCAGGGAACUCCUUUCUUUGAUGGAAAAGCCUGACGUAUGGGCAUUGUUUGACCAUCCUCCAGCCCCAACAUAUUACAAGGGCAAUCUUGCGUUAUUGGGAGAUGCUGCUCAUGCCUCCACACCUCACCAAGGCGCUGGUGCUGGUCAAGCUAUUGAAGAUGCAUUCAUUCUAUCCAAUCUACUUGGAAAAGUAGAUUCGGUAGAGGGUAUCGAGAGCGCGUUCAAAGCCUACGAUGCGGUAAGGCGCCCCAGAAGUCAGCGAGUCGUGACGACGAGCCGUGAAGCUGCAAGUAUCUACGAAUUCGAGGAUGAAAAGCUUGGGGGAGAUGUGGAUUUGAUUCGACGGACCUUGGAAAAACGAUACGAUUGGAUCUGGAAUGAAGAUCUUCACCAGCAGCUGAAGAAAGCUGAAGAAUUUAUGGAAUUGAAGGCCAACUUGUAG